GUGUAAAGGCUCAAGUUUCUUUUGUAAAUCUGGACACUUGAGCACAAUGAGGGAGUGUAUCUCCGUACACAUCGGUCAAGCGGGUGUCCAGAUCGGUAACUCCUGUUGGGAGUUGUACUGUUUGGAACACGGCAUCAAUCCCGAUGGAACCGUCUCUGGUGAGAACACCUCGCUGGCAGAUUCUUCCUUCGGCACGUUCUUCAGUGAAACCGGUGCUGGGAAGUAUGUUCCUCGAGCUGUGUUUGUUGAUCUAGAGCCGACGGUUGUGGAUGAGAUCCGUAAUGGAGAUUACCGAAGCCUUUACCACCCUGAGCAGCUUAUCACGGGUAAGGAGGAUGCUGCUAAUAAUUACGCCCGUGGUCAUUACACCAUCGGCAAAGAGAUUAUCGACCCCGUCCUUGACCGCAUGCGGAAAAUGGCGGAUCAGUGCACGGGCCUGCAGGGAUUUCUGAUCUUCCACAGUUUUGGUGGCGGAACAGGCUCGGGCUUCACAUCUCUGCUGAUGGAGAGGCUGUCCGUAGAUUACGGUAAGAAGUCCAAGUUGGAGUUCUCCGUGUACCCUGCCCCGCAGGUCAGCACCGCUGUGGUGGAGCCCUACAACUCCAUCCUGACGACGCACACCACCCUCGAGCACUCCGACUGCUCCUUCAUGGUGGACAACGAAGCCAUCUUUGACAUCUGCAAGCGAAACCUGGAUAUCGACCGUCCCUCUUACAGCAACCUGAACCGGCUCAUCGCCCAGAUCGUGUCCUCCAUCACAGCAUCCCUGAGGUUUGACGGAGCGCUCAAUGUAGACCUCACCGAGUUCCAGACCAACCUGGUCCCGUAUCCUCGCAUUCACUUCCCGCUGGUCACCUACGCUCCCAUCAUCUCCGCGGAGAAGGCGUACCAUGAGCAGCUCUCCGUGCCGGAGAUCACCAACGCCUGCUUUGAGCCUGCCAACCAGAUGGUUAAGUGUGACCCUCGCCGGGGCAAAUACAUGGCCUGCUGUUUGCUUUACCGUGGCGAUGUUGUCCCGAAAGACGUUAACACUGCCAUCGCCAACAUCAAGACCCGUCGCUCCAUCCAGUUUGUAGACUGGUGUCCCACAGGGUUCAAGGUCGGCAUCAACUACCAGCCGCCCACCGUCGUCCCUGGAGGAGAUCUGGCCAAGGUUCAGAGAGCCGUUUGCAUGCUGAGCAACACCACGGCCAUCGCUGAAGCGUGGUGCCGUCUGGACCACAAGUUUGACCUGAUGUACGCCAAGAGGGCUUUCGUGCACUGGUAUGUGGGUGAAGGGAUGGAGGAAGGAGAGUUCUCGGAGGCGCGGGAGGACAUGGCUGCGCUGGAGAAGGAUUAUGAGGAGGUUGGUGCCGAUUCUGCUGAAGAUUGUGUCGAGGAUGAAGAAGAGUAUUAGUUCAUUAUGAAACGCUCCUGUGCCUUAAUAAAUUGAA